AAUCUCACACCCGUCCCCCGCCAAUCCUCCCCGCUCCGCACGAUUCCGCGCCUCCUCGCCGUCAAGAGCCGACGACCGCGCCUCGUCUCCGCUACCGUCCCCGGCGACGAGAUGGUGAUGGACCGCCGCGCACGCGCAGCCCCGCGCGCGGAGGAGGAGCGCCCGAGCCACGGCCGGUUCCUCCGCCCCGGCGCGCUCGCUCGGCUGCGGGACUCCAGGAUCGUCGCCCGCUCCCUCCGGUCGGCUGCGGCGCGCCUCCCGAUCCCGUCCGCCCCUCCUUCCCCGGCGCCGGAGCAGCAACGGCAGGACGCCGUGCCGCACUUCCUGGUGGGGCCCACGAGGGGCCUCUGCGGCGCGGCCCGGUACCCGCUCAGGAGGAGGAUGGCCGCGGCGAGGUGCGUGGUGUUCUUGCCGCCGCCGGAGGCGUUCCUGGACGCGCACGCGCACGCGCCCGCGCCGUCGUGGGGCCUCGCCGCCGCGCACUGACAGUGACAGAUACCGAGAUCAGCCGCGGCGGUGCGUUUAGAUUCGCGCUUAGUUAGGACUCUGUGCAGAUGGCUCGCUGGAUCUUCUCCCUUCCAAUAGUUGUAGGAUCUGGUGCGACUGUUUUAGAUCUGCUAUCUUUCCGGUCUAAUUUUGUGUUGUAGAAUUGAUCCAAAUUUGCAAGUUUGUGACUAGGAUUCAUAGCUGGGUGUGUUCAUUUUCCUUUGGUUAUAUAGCUUUCUUAGUUUCUUUUUUUUUUGAAUAAAAGGGUUUUCCCCCUGCUCCAUUUUA